AUGGAAUCACCAGAUUCCUCAACGCUCAGGGCGAAAACUGGGACAGUUACAAACACUGGUGAGUACGAAUUACUUGUGAAUAAUUAUUUUAAACUGUACUCUGCGUUCACGCUUCUUCCAUACACACUCCUGCCCCCGAAAGGGGCAACACCCAUCAAUUCUAUAGACCCCCAGCAGGUGACAAACAGCCGAGCAUCUGAAGAUUCCCACCUCGCUGUGGCUCUUAUCGUCAGGGAUGUGCAAGAUAAAUUAAGUUUUCCAAGUCCGUUGUUCCAUCGUUUCCGAGUACCCGUAUAA